AUGAAAUUUUUUUAUUGUAGAUGCUUCGAACAGUCAGCUUUGAACAAAAGAUACGAUGAGCCAUUGAGAUCUUUCGAGGACGGUUCUUUAAUGUUUAUUCGAGCGAUACGAAGGCCCGUUAAUAUCAAAAGGUAUUUCUCAAAAAUGUCACAAAUUCCCGAUGCUCCUGCAGCAGCUACCGCUGGCUCGAACAAGGCCAAGAAAUCUAAGUUACAAGUGUCCUUGAAGACCCCAAAAGGUACCAAGGAUUGGGCUGAUACUGAUAUGGUCAUCAGAGAAGCCGUCUUCUCUACUCUGUCCAGUUUGUUUAAGCGUCAUGGUGGUGUUACUAUUGAUACUCCGGUGUUUGAACUACGUGAAAUUUUGGCAGGCAAGUAUGGUGAAGACUCCAAGUUGAUUUACGAUUUGAAAGAUCAAGGUGGUGAGCUAUGUUCUCUGCGUUACGAUUUGACAGUUCCUUUCGCAAGAUUCUGUGCGAUGAACAAUAUCCAAAAUAUCAAGAGAUAUCAUAUCGCAAAAGUUUACCGAAGAGAUCAACCCGCAAUGACUAAGGGUCGUAUGAGAGAAUUCUACCAGUGUGAUUUCGAUAUCGCAGGUACUUACGAACCGAUGGUGCCAGAUGCCGAGUGUUUGUCCGUGGCCGUUGAAGGUCUGACCAGCUUGGGGAUUAAGGAUUUUAAAAUUAAAUUGAACCACAGAAAGAUCCUAGAUGGUAUCUUCAAAGUUGCCGGGGUCAAGGAUGAAGACGUUCGUAAGAUCUCUUCAGCGGUUGACAAGUUAGAUAAAUCUCCUUGGGAAGCGGUAAAACAUGAAAUUACUGUGGAAAAGGGUCAAAGCGAAGAGACCGCUAACAAGAUCGGUGAAUACGUCAAAUUCAAUGGUUCCUUGAAAGAUAUUCAUGCUAAAUUAUCUGAAGACUCGGACAUUACUUCAAACGAAUUGGCUAAACAAGGUCUUGAUGACAUCGCUCUCCUAAUCAACUAUGUCGAAGCGUUGGGAAUCGACUCUUACAUCUCUUUCGACUUGUCAUUGGCAAGAGGUUUGGACUACUAUACCGGUCUAAUCUAUGAAGUUGUCACUGAAGCUUCUGCUCCACCCGAAAAUGCUGGUGAACUGAAGAAGAAGGCCAAGACAGAUGAAGAUGCAUCUUCUUAUGUUGGUGUUGGCUCCAUCGCUGCUGGUGGCCGUUACGAUAAAUUGGUCAGUAUGUUCGUCGAGGCUUCUGGUAAGAAAGCUACUCAAAUUCCAUGUGUCGGAAUCUCUUUCGGUGUCGAAAGAAUUUUCUCAUUGAUUAAGCAAAGAACCGAAUCUGCAUCUUUAAAACCAACCGCUACACAAGUAUUUGUUAUGGCAUUCGGUGGUGGUAAGGACUGGACCGGAUACUUGCCAGAAAGAAUGAAGAUCGCAAAGCAAUUGUGGGGAGCCGGAAUUGAAUCGGAGUAUGUGUAUAAAGCAAAGGCCAACCCAAGAAAACAAUUCGAUGCAGCUGAUAAAUCAGGUGCUUCUUUAGCAGUCAUUUUAGGUAAGGAAGAAUACUUGGAUGGUAAGCUGCGUGUCAAGAGACUGGGACCAGAGUUCGCAGACGACGAUGGAGAAGUCGUCGAGGCCGAGAAUAUCGUAAAGGUUGUCAAGGACAAAUUAUCUCAAAUUAACGAAGACGGUGUUGACCAAGUUACACGUCUCAUCAGAGGCUUAUAG